AUGGUGCAUUCCUCCCCCCCUCACUACUGUAUAUCUAUCCCUACAUUCACAGGCUCCGGCUCCUCCCUCAUCCUAGAGCUCUUUAUCGCCCUCUCAAACUACAAGACCGAAAAUAGGAUCCGCUUCGCUUGGUGGGGCGCCGAAGAAAAAGGUCUUCUCGGCAGCACAUCCUACACGUCUAACCUGGCCAUUACGGACGUCAAUGACCUCCUCGUGUAUCUUAACUUCGACAUGGUUGGCAAUGGCUACUUCGGCGUCGCUGACACGGACGGUAGUUCUUACGGAUCUAAGGCGCCCAACGGCUCUGAGGCAACGGAGAAGAUAUUUGCAGAUUACUUUACGAGCCAGGGGAUUGAGACCACGCCUGUUGCGUUGACGAACGGAAGUGAUUAUGCUUCUUUCUGGCAGAAUUUGAAUAAGCCAUUUGGGUUUUUGCACACUGGCACUGGCGUUGAGCAAGAUCCUUGCUACCAUCAAGCUUGUGACACUAUCGACAAUGUCAACUCCAAGACACUCACUAUCAAUGCUAAGGUGAGUCCAACUGUCAAACGCAACCUCACACAGGCUGCUCAAAAUCAUCAGGCUGCCGCACACAUCCUUGCCACUCUCGAUGAGCGAGGUUCCAAAUUGAUCCCUAAGACCAAGGUCACCGACACAACCCUUCACAGCCUUCAGCAGCGAAGUGUUGGAACUCAUCUCGGGUAG